ACUUCCGGGCCCAUCACAGAUGAUUAUUAAAGGUUUGGAAACUGAAACUGUUGGAAGCUACGACGAAAUUGAUGAGAUGGCUUUAACGAGUUACAGACAGUCAAGUUAACAGGAAUAGACCUACAGCUACAAUUAAGGAAAGCAGACCAUAACAAGAAAAAAAAAACUAGAGAGGGAGAAGCCAUGGCCUGUGCCCGAGUGCCACUGGAUGAGCAGCAGGUGACCGAGCCGGGCCCGCUGGGAAAAGAGCACACACUGCCUGCACUGCACCCGACCAGGAAGGAGGAUCGCUGUUUUGUGCCUUACAAGUCCCUGCCAGAAGACGGCUCUGCCGCUGAGGUGGAGGAGUUUAUGGAACAUGCCAAAUUCAUCACAGAGGACCUGGAGUGGCUGCUCACACUGCCUCAUGACAAGUUCUGGUGUCAGGUGGUCUUUGAUGAUUCUCUGCAGAGGUGCCUCGAUUCCUACCUGCAUCAGGCUCCUCGAGGCCUGGACCUCGCCUCCCUGCCCUCCUCCCCGGCGGUGGCCGACAUGCAGCGCUCCGUUCACAGGGCGGUCUUCUUGACCUUCCUCAGGAUGGCUACACAUAAAGAGUCCAAGGAGAACUUCCUCACCCCGGCUGUGUUUGGAGAAAUUAUCUAUGAGAACUUCCUGUUUGACAUUCCCAAAAUUCUGGAUCUGUGCGUGCUCUUUGGAAAGGGCAACAGUCAGCUGCUGCACAAGAUGCUUGAGAACAUUUUUACCCAGCAGCCAUCUUACUACAGCGACCUAGAUGAGACAGUGCCCACUGUGUUACAGGUGUUCGACACCAUCCUGGAUAAGUGUGGUCUCCACUGUGAGGGAGCCACCGCCAUGGAGCCGAUGAAGCUGAGCGCACACAAACAGCCCACUGCCAUGGCCAUGAGCCAGCAGGAUCUUGUAGAUCUUAUUCUGUACCUGUGUGACUCGACCACCACCAUCCAUGCCUUCCUGGAUAUCUUCCCUGCCGCCUGCUCCAGCUUCCACUCCCAUGGCUUCCUCAGCAGACUGACCUCGUUUUAUGAGGCCGCUGUGCCUGACCUCGAGAAGGCGGUGAGGAAGAGAAACUUUGAUGAUAAAGGUCUUCAGCAGGAUUUGUGGAAGAGGUUGUCCCACUCCUGUCGUAAGAUAGUGGAGAUGGCUCACCUGUUGCUGCAUCACACCUGCCUACAGCCGAUCCUAGAGGGGGGAGAAAACAUGCAAACAUUUGCAGAGGAGCUACUACAACAUUUCACAGCUUUUUUACCUGAGAAAAGGUUCUUGUCAGACUAUGAUGAGCAGUUCCCCAUCGCAGAUGACAUCAGCCUGCUACAACAGGCCCUCCCUGUCAUUGAUGAGACGCGGACGUCCUACCUGCUCCAGGGGGUGGAGAGUGCCUGGGACUGCGUGGGCCGACGGAGACCACACAGCCAGACUCCGUAUCAGGGAGCAGCGGGCGGUGGUGCUGCUGCUGCUACAGCUGGCUUUAAAUUUCAGGAGGCUCGAGAGCUAGAAGGAGGAGAGGGCCUGAGGGGAGCGGACGCCAUGUUGGAUGUUCCCCGAAAAGGAAACAAUGGUGCGGUGUGUCCGGUGAGCGAGGGGGAGCUAGAGUCUCUGCUGUCGUGUAUCAGGGACCUGCUGCCUGAUUUGGGCGAAGGUUUUCUGCUGGCCUGUCUACGCGAGUACGACUACAACUCUGAGCUGGUCAUCAACAACAUCCUGGAGGACCGCCUGGCCCCCAACCUGGACAAACUCGACCGAGCUAUGCCAAGGCCAGUGAAGGAGGUGCUUCCAGAUGUUCUGGACGUCAGAUCCAACGUGUUUGAUGAUGACGAGUUUGACAUUUUCCGCAGAGACCAGGUGGACAUGUCCCGCAUAUGGAAGGGCAGGAGGAAAGGUGAGAGCGCUCGAGAGAUGCUGAACGACAAGAAGCACGUAGCAGAGCAGAGAUCUCGUUAUCAGGCCUACGAGACGGUGGUAGACGAGGUGGUCAUCGAACCCGGUGAAAGUGCAGAAGCCUACGACUACGACGACGAGUACGACGACACCUACGACAUGGGCCAAGUGGGAGCGAAUGACCUGGAUGGAGACAGUUUACUGAACAGAAGGCCUUUCACAAUCCCACAGAUACUGAGAAAAGGAAACAAACCAGAAUUGGAGGAGGAGGGUGAAGAUGAAGAGGAGGAAGAGACCCUACAGAACAAUGUAAACCGGGACCAGUUUGUGCAGGACCCGGCUCUGCUGAGAGAGAGGGCUGAAGCUAGAAGAGCUGCCAUGCAUCAAAGGAAAGGUUUCCGACCGGAGCAGCGUCCGAAUAAUGUGGUGGGCCAAGCCAAAGGCCGAGGACAAACCCAGGAGACAUUAGUAGACAGACGCAAGGAGGCCAACAAGGGCCGCGGGGCAAACCACAACCGCCGCAACAUGGCCGACCGCAAGAGGAACAAAGGCAUGAUCCCCUCCUGACCCGUGUGACGGCCUGCUGCUCGAACCAAAACUGACUGAUGGUAGGAACAGACGGCAGGAAGGUGGCUGAGGUGCGAGUCAGUGAAGGGAAAGAAAAACUGGGCCCUUGAGUUUUGUUCUAGGUUAAAUUUGGUGCCCAUAUCCCCACUAUCACACCUCAGCCCCAAAGUUGCUGUCUUUGCUCGAAGGAAAAGCCACAAAAGGUUUUAAGUUGUUGGUGAAAAGCUGCAUUAGUUUACAGACUCUUAGGCAGGGCUUUUGUGAUCUGAAGUUGCCAAGCAGCUUGACAUGUUUGAGACUGAACAUCUGCUUUGAGCCUAAAGGACGUUAAGCUCUCUGGCCCAAAUUAGUUUCUUUUAAUAGCUCAUUGAAAACCAAAGUCCUGAGUGUGAGCUAGAGACUGAGGGCAAAGAAUAGGAUCUUUAUUUUUGCCAAGUAACAAAUCCUUUUAUUAUUACGACCCAGAGUGAUCGAAUUAAGUUUCUUUGACAUCAUCAUCGAAUAGAGAACAUAGGAAUACAAAGGAAGCAACAUCCAGAGUUUGGGAAAAGUUGUGGUUCCUUCUGUAGCUGGAAGAACAAUUACUAACCUGAUGAUCACGUCUGGACAUCAGUGGCAGACUGUGUUGCUCUUACUACUCAUCCUGUAUGAGUAGGUUGUGUGAAAGCCGCCUGCAUGCAACGUUCAAGUGCAUGCAUGGGAUGUCAUCCACCCAGUUCACACCACUGUUGUCCAGACUUUGUAAAAAAAAAAAAUAUAACAAACAAAGUCUUGAAAAGAAAUCAACUUAUAAUCAUGCUGUCGUGUUUGGAAGCACGUGCUAUACAGAGGCGCCUCACGUCUCUGACUAGCUGUGGAGAAACCGACAUGUUGCCAUGCACAGAUUAUUUUCCAUGAAGAGAACAGAUCUAUUAGAGCAUUUUGUAACAAAAAAAGCACAUGUAAUUGGUUUUUGGAGUUGACAUUGCAAAAAAAAAAUAAAAUAAAUACAACAAUACUAUGUUUUUAACAUCCUUCAAGUUUGAGUCAUUGACAAAAUGCUUUUUCCUUUCACAAUGUGUACAGUACAAUGUGUUUGAGACUUCACUAGAGCUUCAAAAAGUACAGCUGCAUAGUUGGGGCUGAAAUUAUCAUCAGUUAUUUGGCAAGUAAACUGCUAGAACAUUUGAUAGAAAAUGUCCAAUUUCACACUAAUGUAGACUUUUACUGUAUGUAACAGUUUUUGUUUGAAGAUAUAUCCAAAGGAAUAGUUCUACAUUUAAAGAAGCAUGCUAAUUUGCUUU